AUGGGCGCCUCAUUUUUGCGGGUUGUUCCGGGGGGUUGCACACAGCCGCCAGAUAGAAAACACGGAGAUCCUUCGCGUGGAUCUCUUACUCCCCGACUCCAUGUGCACCCCUGGCGACACUCGCCGGAUCUUAAUCCUCGACCGGACAGUACUUGCGUUCCCUGGAUCCCUGAUCCCGCAAAAUCGCAUGCACUAAAGCCUACCUACUCGAUAACCAGCUCCACCAUCAACACGCAAGAUCAUUCAAAACGGGGUUCCUUGAACCUUGAAUCCCACAUGUGGGCUACUUGUAACGACGAUAAGCCUCUUUACAGCAGCGACAGCGGGCCAUCUCUGAGCUCGGGGAAAAGGAGUGCACGGUGCGGGAGAAUCACCCUCGUCAUCAUUGGUGUGGCUUCUGUGAUUCUCCUAGGGGUCUUUUUGCCUCUUCAUUUUGGAGUCCUUCGAUCUUUACACCACGGAAAUACAGUCCCACUUUCCCGAGGCAACGAAACAAACAGCCAACCGACUACUCACACAUUGCUGCGGGGAGGCGACGGCUCGGAAGUGACCACGGCGGACGGAACCAAAUUUACUUAUCGCAAUCCAUUCGGCGGAUUCUGGAUCUCUGACCCUGAAGACCCCUUUAAUCUCGACGCACAGCCGAAUGAAUGGACCCCACCCCUCAACAGGUCCUGGCGCUGGGGUCAGGAUCGAAUCUUCGGAGUCAAUCUUGGUGGAUUGUUCGUCCUCGAGCCGUUCAUUACUCCAGGUGUGUUCGAAGCUCGACCAGGAUAUGUGGACGAGUACACCCUGUCGGAGAUGAUGCGCGACGGGGUCAAUGGCACCCAGGGAUUCCAAGAUCUCGAGGAGCAUUACAAGACUUUUAUCACCGAGAAAGACAUCGCUGAGAUUGCCGGUGCAGGGCUGAAUUGGCUGCGCGUUCCCUUAGGAUUUUGGGCUGUCGAGGUAUACGAGAACGAACCAUUCCUGGAACGGACUUCUUGGACAUAUUUCCUACGCAUCGUCGAAUGGGCAAGAAAGUACGGUUUAAGGAUUUACCUCGACCUUCAUGCUGUACCUGGUGGUCAAAACGGAAUGAAUCACUCCGGACGCGUUCACCGGAUCAGUUUCCUUGCUGGAAACAUGGGUCUCGCCAAUGCGCAGCGGACCCUCUAUUACUUGCGUGUCUUAACCGAAUUCAUAUCCCAGCCUCAGUACUCGUCUGUCAUUCCUGUUCUCGGAAUCCUCAAUGAGCCACUGUCGGAGGAACUUGGAAUGGAGGCGCUGUCUAGCUUUUAUCUUGAGGCGUACACGAUGAUCCGCAACAUCACUGGGUACGGCGAAGGAAACGGGCCGUACAUUGCUAUCGGUGACGGGCUGCGCUCGCCAUUGGAUUGGGAAGGCCUCCUUCCCAACGCAGAUCGUGUUAUCAUGGAUGCGCAUCCAUAUGUCGCAUUCGACCGUAGCCAUGACACGUCUCCCCUUACCGAUCUCGCUGAAGAUGGCGAAUUUGGUGGGAUCUGGCCAAGGACCGCUUGUCAGCGAUGGGGACCCCUCAUCAACUCUACAAAAAUGGCUCUGGGCGUCACCAUUGGCGGAGAGUUCUCAGGAGCUCUAAACGAUUGUGGCCGGUACAUUCGCGAAGUUGGUGUCACGUCGGAUCACCCCCAAUGCCCAUUGUAUGACGACUGGGAGAACUGGACCGAUGAACUCAAGGCGGGACUGCAAAACUUCAUCUUGGCGAGUAUGGACGCAAUCGGUGAUUUCUUCUUUUGGACAUGGAAGAUAGGACCUUCGAUCGAAGGGAAGAUCACCGCCCCAUUUUGGUCGUACAAGCUCGGUUUAGAACAGGGAUGGAUUCCUCGGGACCCACGCACCUCGUUUGGAAAAUGUGCUAGGCUCGGUAUCAGCAGCGCGCCGUUCGAUGGCACCUACAAGCCCUGGCAGACUGGAGAUUUUGAGUCACAGCCGACCAUUCCCGCUGAAUAUCUCGCGAACAACGCUUGGCCGCCUGGGACCCUUACUCGUGCCGAUAUGCCCGUUGCUUUGCUGCCUACGUAUGCUACCACCGGUUCGGUCAUCACUCUCCCUGUUCCGACGUACUCUGGUACGCCUGCCUCUGCUACUGAGAACUUGAGGGGAUGGUAUAACGAUGCUGAUACUCGAGGGGGAGUGACUCCCAUUGGCGGUUGCAAGUACCCUGAUCCCUAUGUGGUUAAAUUCGAUGUUCUACCUACGGCUCGGUGCGGAGAAUAG